AUGCCUGGAAGACUUAUCCCAAAUUUCGUGUGGGCGUCGGCCGGCCUCUCACCGCCCGCUUUCUCCUCCCUACUUCAUGAGCACAACGAUCGAGAUACCAUUGGGUCCGCCCUUUCGUCCUAUUCCCGAAGUAGCACAACCUCCCUAAACAACCAUUCUAGACCACAAUCCCCCGUGCCAGACGCUUCUGAACGACGCCUUUCUUUCUCAAUGGAUCAUUUGAUCCAUCCUAACCGCAACCGAGAACAUAAGGAGAAGCGGCGUAGCUUAAUCCAUUUGCGCCCCUUAGAUAAAUCAUCAGGUAGCCACCUGCCCGCUACCAGCUUGGAUAUCACCAUCGAAUCCCCGCCAUUGGUUCUAUAUGGUCCCCCCAGUCGCUCUACCGGCGCAUUGAUGUCAGGCCGUAUCCUGCUCUCGGUAUCGGAUGGAACUGGCCAAGUCACGCUCAAAGCAUUACGAAUGUGCUUGACCCGCAAAGUCUCUACGAAAAAACCCAUAUCGAGGGAUUGCCCGGCUUGCAAAGCUCAAAUCGAUGAACUAACCAGCUGGGAAUUCCUGAGAGAGCCUGCCCACCUCAAAAGCGGAAUUCAUGAUUAUCCGUUUAGCUACUUGUUUGCUGGCAAUUUGCAACCAACGGUCCAAGGAUCACUGGGCUCGGUGGCUUAUAACUUGUCCGCGUUAGCCGUGACUGCAACGGGACAGGAACUCCGUCUCAACAAGCCCAUCAAAAUCAAACGAGCAAUUAUGCCUGGACCCGACAGAUCUUCGAUGCGCAUUUUCCCCCCCACCAACCUUAUAGGACAGGCUAUAAUACCAUCAGUAAUUUACCCAACUGGAAACUUUCCCAUCCAGUUCACCCUUCGUGGCGUUGUGGAAAAAAAGGAUGAGGGCCACAUUAGAUGGCGCUUAAGGAAGACAAUGUGGCGGAUCGAAGAGCAUCAGUGCAUCAUAUCCCAUGGUUGUCCCAAACACUCCCACAAAGUGGUCGAGGGCAAAGGCAUUUUGCACCAAACGACACGUAUAAUCGGCCACGGUGAAGAGCGAUCCGGGUGGAAGAGUGAUUUUGAGACUACUGGCGGGGAGAUAAAAAUGGAGUUCGAAGCCAACAUAAGACCAGGGGCAGACCCGCUGUGUAACGUCUCCCCAACCUCUGAUGGAGGUUUGGAGGUCAGACAUGAUAUUGUCAUAGAACAAAUCGUCUCAGAAGAAUUUUGCCCAGAUAGCCACUCUAGGCUACCCGCACCAACGGGGGCAGCGCGAGUUCUGCGUAUGGUGUUUUCGCUUCAUGUCACGGAACGCGGUGGCCUGGGAAUCAGUUGGGAUGAGGAAAUGCCACCGGUGUAUGAUGAUGUGCCUGCCAGCCCCCCCGGGUAUGUCAUGCCAGACAGAGUCGCCUGUACCGUGGAAAAUUACACAGGCUCACCUCUUCCGUUACCGGAUUAUGAGGAGCUUGAGCAAUUGAAUGUUUUUGACGACUCCGUCUACUAUCGAGGGAAUCCUGGUAACGCCUCCUCUCAGCAAGCCUCGCAGCGGGAACGGGUACAACGUCUUACGGCAGAAGAUCUGGAAACAGACCAGCAAGUGAUGAACGAGCCUAGCCAAGACGAGUCAGUCCCUGAUAUUGCUGAGGGCCUGCUUCGGUAA